AUGGGGAAAGUUCAAUUCAUCGUUGUGUCUGAUCUUUCCGACUUGACUUCGGUCCAUGCAAAGAAAGUGGCCCGGAAACACUCGGCUCGGGAAGCGCACGCUCGAGAGAGACGAUCACGGACUGCCAGGUUCCAAACACGACGUUGUCAAUUAAAACAGCCCCCCUCCGACGCAACCCGAGCAUGUUUAUCAGCUGAGAGAGACGAUUCCGAGUUGAUGCCGAGCCCGCUGGACCUCGUCUCCGCGCACCGGAAUGACCCCUUUGAUACUUUCGCCCUCCCAAUGGGGCGCAAGGAGCAACUCCUCUUUGAUCAUUAUGUCAUGACCGCCAUCCCGUGCCUGAAUGCCCACUGUAACAAAUUUUUGGGCCUCAAAGACUAUGCCGACACCAUGACGCGAGAAUGGAUACGGCUCGCUAUAACAGACUGCGGCUUUAUAUACGGGGUCUUCCUAUCCUCAUGCCGUCAUCUGUCCCAAAGCUUUAAAAACGACCCCAUCGAAGGGGAGCAGCACUAUAUGCAGCUAGCGACAGAGUACAAGCUUGCAUGCUUGCGCACCGUGAUAAACGCCCUGCCUGCAGUCCAAUCCACUCUACAAGUGGACUAUACAACCAUAGCCAAGACAAUGCUUCUGGGGCUUGACGAGAUUUGGAUGUCGAAUUAUGGUGCGAUGCGUUGGCAUUUAUUUGGGGCAAUUAAGCUGGUGAAUCUAGCUGGGGGGCCAGAGGUUCUUGGUAAGGAUGGCUUUCUUUUCUGCAUCUUUGUCCAGAUUUGCAAGGCCACCGGGAUGACGGAUCUAGCGACCAUGUGGACGCCUCCGACCCUCCAGAACUUGACUGCAUGA